UUGAAAAGCAUGGUCCUGUCUCUGGCCAUGCUGAAAAUCAGUUUUGAGCAGGGAGAGAUCGAGGCAGCUUCUGGCAUUUGGCCUCAGCAUUGGAUACACUACAGUUAUAAACCAGCUGAGAGUUUGGAGAAGAUAAAGACAAAAGAAACAGGACAUCACUAGAAUUAUAUUUUAAACAGAGCAGUUCUGAGUGAGUGUCUCUGCAGACCCCUCACUAGCUACUCAUCACCAAGAACAGCAAUUGCCUGCAUAACUUCUGAAGAGAGUCUUUUCACACAGACUUCUUCACUUUGCUAAGUCAUCCCCACAUUUGCUUUUGAUCCAAUGAAUCACUUUAUGCAACAGGCAGAGCCUGACAUGGAUUAUAUUGCCCCUCGUGUCAAGCUAAGUGACGAGACAUUUGUCUUUGUAGAUGGCAAAUGGGUGAGUGAGACCUACAAUCAGCCACCCUUUGCUUACCAACAGAAACAUUUCAGCAAGAAGAUGCAGAAAGACUGGACUCUCUGGGAGGAGAACAAAGCACUCUGGGAGGAGAACAAGGCCCUUCGGAUUGAAAACAAAGCCCUCCGGGAGGAGAACAAAGCUCUCCAGUGCCUACGGACACAGAACAAAGCCAUCCAGGUUAUUUAUGAUGACACCCUCCAGCAGGUUCUCCAGAAGGAGCACAAUCCUUUCCCAGUCUUCCAAGAAAGGAACAUAGGCUUCCAAGAGAACAAGGCCCUUCAGGUUGUUCAGGAAAAGAAUAUGGCUUUACAGAUACUCCACAAGGAGAACAAAGCUGUCCCAGUCUUUCAAAAGGAGAACAAAGCUCUUCCAGUCUUUCAGAAGGAGACCAAAGCUGUCCCAAUCUUUCAGAAGGAGGCUGAAGCUCUUCCACUCUUUCAGAAGGAGACCAAAGCUGUCCCAGUAUUUCAGAAGGAGGCUGAAGCUCUCCCAUUCUUCCAGAGGGAGACCAAACCUGUCCCAGUCUUCCAGAAGCAGACCAAAGCCACCCCAAUUGAGGAGGAGAGCAAGGACGAUGUCCCUGCCUUCCAGGAGGACAGCAAAGCCAACCUGGUCCAAAAUGAUAUCAAGGCUAGUCCAUCCUUCCAAAUGAAGAGUAAUGCUGUCCAGGACAUUUGGGAGGAAAGCAAAGCUGUCCCAGGCCAGGAGGAGAACAAUGUUGCCCCAGGCAGUCAGGAGGAAAAUGUGGCCCUCCAGGCUGUCCAGAAGCUAAACCAAACCCUACAAGCUCUGCUAAAAGAGAACCAGGCCCUUCUGGAAGAGAAAAAGGCAAUCCAGAUUCUUCAGGAAGAGAAUAAAGUCUUCUGGGACGAGAACAAUCAGUUAAAGCUGCAGCUAACUGUAAUGAAAGGCACAGUGUCAGAGAUUAUGGCCCGGAUGGAAAUAUUGCAGAAGGAGCUCAAUUCCCUUUCUCCUGUACAGCAUAAUGAGAUGAGGAAGCCAGACAGGUGCUGGUAAAUGAAUAUCAACCAGGAGAAAUAUGCAGCAUGGUACUAAAGGCCUGCUAGUUAACAUUUGAUGAAAAAGCUCUCUCCUUGUUUCCAAUAAAGUCCUGGGAGGGAUUCAGAAAAAAACAAACAAACAAA